UCCAGUCCAGGGCAAGGCUCUGGGAAGCAAUAAUCAGGCUGAUGUUCGCUGCAUUGACGACUGAAAAGCAACGUGUCAGAUGGACCAAAUUGGGAUAACCUCCAGUAUCUAUCUGUCUCAGCUACAAAGCUGUCUUAAAAUGUAUUCGCAUCCAGUUAUAAAUUUUCACUCUUCAAGGAUCAAAUAGAAGAAGCCACGAUUGAGGUGUAAAUGUAUGGGCAUCAGAGAGCCCAGUAUGAAGAAGACAGGCAGGCCGGUGGUGAGUAAGGCUCAAAGUGGAGAGAGGGGGAAGACUGAAGGCGCUGCUACAGGAAUCACAGGCAAGGCUGCAGCCAAGACCACCACAAUGGCACCACUGUCAAAGGUUAAAAGCAAUGAUGAUCUGCUAGCAGCAGUGGCAGGGGGCACUCCAGCUAUGAACAGCACUGUGACCAAGAACAAGAGAACUGCCUCCACGGGGACCAGCAGUGGUAACCCAGACAGUAAACCAAAGACUAGCUCAAGUUCUUCAGCCAAACGUGUGACGUCCUCUACCUCCAAGGAGCCCAACUCAUCAAGGGACCGUCUGCGGACAUCCAGAACAUCGGCUAGUAAGAAGCAGUCAUCGUCAGGGGCAGGGCAGGAGGAUGUGGCCCAGGGAAAGCGCUCUCGCAGCCAGCAGCUGACAGAGUCGGAGGGCCGCAUGAACAAGUCUAAAUCAGACAGCCAGAUCAGUAUCAAGGUAGCCCUGGAGGCCAAGGUAAAAGACCUCCUGGGUUUGGCCAAGAGCAAAGACUUGGAGAUCCUGCACCUGCGCAGCGAGCUGAGGGACAUGAGGGCCCAGCUGGGCCUGGGAGGGGAGGAGGUGCCCCCAGAGGAGGGAGGAGGGGAGGAGGAGAAGCCCCAGGAGAGGGAGGUGUCGGCCAUCACAGCAGCGGAUGUGGAGUCCACGCUGCUUCUCCUGCAGGAGCAGAACCAUGCCAUCCGUGAGGAGCUGAACCUGUUGAAGAGUGAGAACCGCAUGCUGAAGGACCGGCUCAACGCGCUGGGCUUCUCGCUGGAGCAGAGGCUGGAUGGCUCUGACAAAUUCUUCAGCUACCCCUCCCUGAGCCCAGACCUGGCAGUCAGCAGCGGUCACAGUGAUGGCGGGGGCACUGGUACCCUCACCUCCUCUGUGGAGGGCUCUGCCCCGGGCUCCCUGGAGGACCUGCUGACGGCCCAGCAGCACGGUGGUUCAGUGGACAACUUGGACAGUGAGUCCAGCGAGGUCUACCAGGGCAUCACCUCCAGCGAUGACGCCCUGGACGCCCCCUCCGGAGCAUCGUCCUCCUCCGAGUCGGAGAGCGUGCCCAGCCGAGAGCGCUCACACCGGGGCAGCAGCGGCAACGCCAGUGAGGUGUCUGUGGCCUGCCUGACAGAGCGCAUCCAUCAGAUGGAGGAGAACCAGCACAGCACGGCCGAGGAGCUGCAGGCCACACUACAGGAGCUGGCUGACCUGCAGCAGAUCACCCAGGAGCUGAACGGAGAAAACGAGAGGCUAGGGGAGGAGAAGGUCAUCCUCAUGGACUCCCUGUGCCAGCAGAGCGACAAGCUGGAGCACUACAGCCGGCAGAUUGAGUACUUCCGCUCUCUACUGGACGAUCACCACUUGUCCUACGUCCUGGAGGAGGACAUCAAGAGCGGCCGCUACAUGGAGCUGGAGCAGCGCUACGUGGACCUAGCCGACAAUGCCUGUUUCGAGAGGGAGCAGCUGCUGGGAGUGCAGCAGCACCUCAGCAACACGCUGAAGAUGGCGGAGCAGGACAACGCUGAGGCCCAGGAGGUAAUUGGGGCUCUGAAGGAGAGGAACCACCACAUUGAGCGCAUCAUGGAGUCGGAGAGGCAGGACCGGGGUACCAUGGUGGCAGCGCUGGAGGAGUACAAGGCAGCGGUGAGCUGUGACCAGGUAGAGCUGAGCCGCUGCAGGGCCCAGCUGGACCAGGAGAGGCAGAAGGUGGCUGAGCUCUACUCCAUCCACAACUCUGGAGACAAGAGUGACAUCUGCCAGCUGCUGGAGGGAGUUCGGCUGGACAAGGAGGAGGCGGAGGGCAGGGCUGCCAAACUGCAGGAGGAGCUGAGCCACGCCCGCACUGAUGUCACCAGGCUGCAGGACACCCUCAAUAAGCUUGAUAGGGAGUACCGGGACUUCCAGGAGCAGGUGCAGAAGCAGAUGGCUGAGCAGAAGCGUGGGCUGGAGAAGCAGCGCGGGGAGCUGCAGGAGAAGGAGACGGAGAUCGGCGACAUGAAGGAGACCAUCUUUGAGCUGGAGGACGAGGUGGAGCAGCACCGAGCCGUAAAACUCCACGACAACCUCAUCAUCACAGACCUGGAGAACUCUGUGAAAAAACUGCAGGACCAGAAGCGCGAUAUGGAGCGGGAGAUUAAGAUUCUGCACCGGAGGCUGAGGGAAGAGUCGGCAGAGUGGCGUCAGUUCCAGGCCGAUCUACAGACGGCCGUGGUCAUCGCUAAUGACAUCAAGUCGGAAGCACAGGAGGAGAUUGGGGAUAUGCGGCACCGUCUCCGCGAGGCCCAGGAGAAGAACGAGAAGCUGGGCAAGGAGCUGGACGAAGUCAAGAACCGCAAGCAGGAUGAGGAGAGGGGCAGGGUGUAUAACUACAUGAAUGCAGUGGAGAGGGAUCUGGCUGCACUGAGGCAGGGCAUGGGCCUGAGCCGUCGCUCCUCUACCUCCUCUGAGCCCUCUCCCACCGUCAAAACCCUCAUCAAGAGCUUCGACAAUGCCUCCUCACAAGGUACCCCAACCUGCGAGUGCCCAGUCCCCCCGACCACAGCCCCUGCUGCCACACUACCACGUACUCCCCUGAGCCCCAGCCCCAUGAAGACCCCUCCUGCAGCCGCCAUCUCACCCAUACAGAGACACUCCAUUACCGGGUCCAUCUCUGCACCCAAACCCCUCUCGUCUCUGAGUGACAAAAGGCCCAGCUACACAGACAUCAGCAUGCCAGCAGAGCAUCUUCUCAGGGGCUCCUCUGCCAGCCGCCCUGCCUCUGCACUCCAGAGGGUCUCCAACAUGGACUCAUCAAAGGCCAUGGCCAUCUCAGUGUCCCGCAGGAGCAGUGAGGAGAUGAAGAGGGACAUCUCUGCCCCUGAAGGUGGCUCCUCCUCUCUGAUGGCCAUGGGGUCUGCUUCCUCCUUGUCCUCCUCCUCCCCCACUGCCUCUGUCACCCCCACCGCACACAGCCGCCUCCGAGAGGAGCGGAAGGACCCCCUCUCAGCGUUGGCACGGGAGUAUGGGGGCUCCAAGAGGAACGCACUGCUCAAGUGGUGCCAGAAGAAGACUGAGGGGUACCAGAACAUUGACAUAACAAACUUCAGCAGCAGCUGGAAUGACGGCCUUGCGUUCUGCGCUGUGCUCCACACCUACCUGCCUGCUCACAUCCCCUACCAGGAGCUCACCAGCCAGGAAAAGAGGCGGAAUUUCACACUAGCCUUCCAGGCUGCAGAGAGUGUGGGGAUCAAGUCCACUCUGGACCUCAAUGAGAUGGCCAGUACUGAGAGACCAGACUGGCAGAGUGUGAUGACCUAUGUCACAGCCAUCUACAAGUACUUUGAGACCUGAUGUGAUCUCUCCACCCAACAUGGCAAGCACAACCUGCAGCCCAGUCCGCUUGCUCCUCUGACCUCACCACACCUCCACCACUUCACCUCCACAUUCAAUUCAGCUGUUAUACCUCACUUCACUGAACCACCCUUCACCCCAGCACCCAGCCAUGCCGCACACCGGCCACUCUGUCUCUGGUCUAGACGCCUGCUAGUUUGAAUCACCAUAAGAAACAAAUAAGCUCACUGUUGACUUCUUAAAGCUAUUCAUGGAAUUGCAAUGAUGAACAGUCUGACAUUUUUCACUGACACAUUUAGUGUGAUGAACACAGCCUAAGGGUACUUCAAGCACCUGUUCAGCGCCUGCUCUGUUUGGGAUGCUAUUUUUACUCUUAUCCAUUACUGGAUAACCCAGUUGAGAUGACCCUCAAUCCAAAUUCUCUGGUUAAACCUGUAUGAUCUGAGCUGCAAUAAGAGCCUGCAGAUCUACUAGCUCUCCUCUCCAUGACCAGAAUUGGGGAACAUGCUACAGACUAUCCCAGCCUUUGUGCCUUGCACCCGGCUUUGAUUCUUCUAACCAAGUGGUUAUCCCAAAUGUUUUAGCCAAACCAUACCCAGUGUGCAGUGUGUCCACCCUAGUAAUCAUGGGACAAAUUUCAGAUGGAAAUCAGACAAAGCCUUUUUGCUCCAUGUCUUCCUGAUCCAUUGAACACUUUGUGCAGGGGCCUCUUCUAUUAUGGAUUAAGUGCCUGUUUGAAUCACAUCGUUGGAGACUUACCAAGAGACGGUUGGAGCAAAAAUUGAUAAAUGAAACAUUUCAAUGCUCCAUUCUUUCAAAGCAUCUUUGGAGGAAUCUAAAUGAAACGUUUUAGAAAUUAUUCUGUAGUUAUAUGAACACUAGCUACAUCAUAAGGGAAAAGCUGUCAGGUGCUCUCUUGGUCACCUGUGAUAUUCUAGUUACAAUUUGAUAUGCUUUUGGCCUAUUUUCAGGAGAGUGAUCAUUGAUACAUUAGCAUAAUUUGUUUUGCUAACAGAGACCAACUAAUAGAAAACAAUGGAAUAUACAGGACCAACACAAUGUCUCUCAGUGAUGGUUCGCUCACAUAGAACUGUUUUAAUCCUGAACCAAAAAAGUAACUUGCUCAAGUGUCCUAUCUCUAUGUGAAGUCAAGGGCUAGACUUGCCAAAGUCCUAGCUCUUGGUGAUUUGAUUGUGGUAAAUGUUUUUCCAGCAUGUUGAGUUUCAGGGUUGGAUAUUCUUUAUAGAGCCACUUUUGUUGUUGUCAUCAAUCAUGAUAGGGAAAGAGUUUUUCAGAUGCAAAAUGCAUCCGUUUUGCUGCUGGAGCCAACUGUAUUAAUACAUUGUUCGUUUUGACACAUUACUUCCACCAACAGCAGACUGAAACUCCCAGGAUUGGUCACAGUCCAGUGGUCUUGAACUGUAAGAUUGUUGUGUUAUUAGAGACUCUGAGCUCAACAAUGACCUUAAGUUAUCAUAUGUGAGUGUGAUUGUGUGUGUAACCUAAUUUUGUAAGUUGAUAUAUUCCAUCAUGCUAGUAACAUUUAACGGGGGGGGGUGGGGGUAAACCCUUACUAACACUAACGUUAGUCAUGUAUCUGAAUUCUAUGUGGUUUACAUAGUCACCAAGAAAGAUAUUGGAAUGAAGAAUGACUGUGUUAUGUUAUUGAGCCUCUGCUUAUUCAAGUUUGUGUGGGUUUAUUAGCAUGGUUUAAUCCACCAUUGAGUAUAGUGAUGCAAGUGUUUUAGAAAUGUUAAUGUAAAGUUCAUAUAAUGUGAAUCUAUGACUUUUCAUCACACUGCUGCACUGAUUUCUCUCAUAAGCUCAUAAUAUAUGAUGACUUAUUGCCUUUCAUUUGGUCCCAACCACACUCCUGUGUCAUUUCAGAAUGGUACAGUAUGCAAUUGAUACUCAGUCGUUGGCGUACCAUUUUAGUUAAGGCCCCCUUACAUCUACGAUCUAACACACUCGCAUGUGACCAUAACAUUUUUUCGGAAUAUAUUUUUAAAAGCACAUUCACGCCUGUCUGCUUGCCAAGCCACCUUCCCACCAGCUGUACAGGUGCACUGCAUGGUGUUUGACAAAGUGCUAGGUUUUUUUUGUGUCGAUCAGUGUGGUUGGAGAGUAAGACUGGGCGGUUAAAAGUUGUUGGUAGUCGAUUGUAUGGAUAAACACAUUUGUGAGAGUGCAUGUGCUGUGACUGUUAUCAUUAUUGUGUAUGGUAUUUACUAUUGAACAGUGAGCACAGUAUGUUAACGCUAACUCGUGUAUUUAUGAUUCCCAUUGCCAUACUGCAACCCUGUCUUAAAUUUGAUUUGCAUUGGAUCCAAACACUAGUUGGUCUGCAAUUAUUCUAUUAUGUGAAGCUACUCUGCUACUAAUUGCCAACUGUUAAAAAUUGAAUCAUGUUCCAAUGGACAUUGGUAUUGAUAAGUGAUCCUUCAUGUUGUGAUUUAUGAGGAGUGAAACCUUGCCCUAACAUUCUACUCAACUGUACUGUGUAGACAGAAUGGAGUUGGCAAUAGUAGAUAAUACAAUGUGUUAAAAUAUCAGGGUGAUACCAUCUUGACAUAUCACCACUGAAGAACAUUAGUCUGAUUGCUUGAGUUCAUUCAAUAAGUUGCUCAUAUUUUCCAUGGCUUCUGUAUUUUGCUCUGCAUUUUCUUCCGUUUCUUUCUACACUACAUCACAAAAAAAUGUGAAAAUAACUGAAAGCAUGUUUUUAUUUUAUUUUACGGGUCAAUUAGAAGUUAAUUCUGUUUACUUGAAAGGUUGAGUUUUUCUAAGCCGCUUUCUUUUCGUUCUUAUUCAUGGUGCCUUUUUGCCUACAAAUGUAUGUCAUUCUUACUUUGGAGACCAAAAGAUCCAAAGAUCCAUGUUUCCUUUGUCUUAUUCUGUCUCUAAGAAGUCAUGAUUGCCACUAUAUUAAUUGCCGAAGGAGUAUCUUGAAAUCAAAAUGUGUCCUGUUGAUUUGAUAGUGAUAACAUGAAAAGUAUGGUGUAGGGAAGUAAGCCAAAUGCACAUUAUGAUAAUCAACAAUAUAACUUUUUUUUUAAAAGGCUUAUCUGUAUUUAUAUUGUUUUGUUUUGCAGACAGUAAUAUUAAAGAAUCAUUGCAACAGGAAUGUGUUAAUGUUUUGUGAAGGCAAACUGUCAUAUCCCCCUUUUAUAGAGUAAGAGGCUAUGAUUUAAUUGUAGCACUGUAUGUAUUAUCAGAUUACUGGUCUGAAGGCACUGAUAAACAAAAAGCUGCAUUCCUCCCUUGUGAAACAGGCAACACUAAUAUGAACUCUUCUCUGUAGGGCUAGGGCAGAUUAAACUACUGGGAUGAUUUAGAUCACGGUUAUAUCAAAUUAGAUUGUGAUGUAAAUUGUUGAUGAAUAUAGUGUUUAAUUCAGUCAGCUGGCCUGUGGGAUUUGUAAUACAGCAGCAGCCUUUGUUCUGAUAAUGAGCGAUAUAUACUGAAAAAUAUAUAUAAAUGCAUCAUGUAAAGUGUUGGUCACAUUUUUCCUGAGCUGAAAUAAAAGA